AUGGCUUUAAUCAAUGUAUAUUUGGCAUCACUUCCUUGUGAAUCGAUAAACGAAUUGAAAGAAAAUGGAAUUAAUGUACCGGAAUAUUCAACUCAACUUAGCUUUAACUAUCCAAUUUAUUUAAGAGGUUUGGAUCUUAAUUACCUUCAUAGGUUGACUUCAUGUUGGGUUUACAACAAGUAUAAUGAAAAGGCUUCGAUACACCAUCCCCUUCAAAGGGCUGUUUCAUGUAUAAAAAAAUUCGGCAAAAAAUUUUCUGGUCGAGAUGAUUCCCUAUUGUCAACGAAUGAGUUGAAUCGGAUAAGAGGUCAAAUUCUUUUGAUUUGUUCAAAACUUUUAUCUUUAUUCUUGAUAAGAUCACCUAAACUAAGUUUGCUUCGCGUUAAACCAAAGAGAAAUGAAGUAAUCUUUUCUUUGUUUGAUGCAGAUCUAAUAUACCUAAGUGCAACAAAUAAUUGUCUUUCAUAUUUGACUGGAUUAGAAUGCGUCGAUGAUCAUGAUAUGGAAAGAAUUUAUAAUCAACUUGCGUCAAGUAGUACAAACAUUUCUCGAAUCAUGAUUUAUGGUAAUCAAAAUUCAAAGUCAUUGGCUAAAUUGAUCAGAGUACAAAGAGAAUUACAAAGACUUUACCUUGUAAAUAUUAAUCAUAUAUCACCAAUCAUCUAUUGGAAAUCACCUGGAGUCGGAUCGGAAUUACGAAGGAAAGCUUUUUUAAUAACAAAACUAAAGUUGGAGAGUUCGUGCGGUUGUUUAGAAUUCUUGGGAGAUUUUAUAAAUCUAGAGGAACUUUCUGUAAGGUGCCUUAAUAAGCAACCUUGUUAUAAUAAUGAUCAAAUUACCAUAAAGGCUCCUUCCCUUCGAAAUUUAAAAAAGUUGGAAUUCGAAUAUAAUCAUAAAUAUGAAAUAAAAUUUAUAGCAGAUUUAAUUCAAAACACUUUUAAAUUAAGAAAGGUCAUAGUUGAAGGUUCAAGAAUCUUUGAUACGAUUAAUGUUUCAUUAUUAUUUGAAUCUAUUAUAAAUUCUUGUCCAUAUCUAAGGAAUUGUUCAAUCCCCAUUUCCGUCAUUAAUCCUCCCUUGAUCACUUUAUUCGAUUCUUGUAGACAUUUAAAAAGGUUAUGCCUCUUUUCCAUUCCUUCCGAAGCUCCUAUUAAUAUUAAUUAUUGUGAUAAUUUCUUAUUUCAAAUAUUGAAAUCAAGACCUGCCAAAUUACAUACCCUUGAAUUAAUUAAUUGUAGUUUUUCCGUUAAGGUGUGGGAAUUAUUUUUAAGGGCUCAACCUUUCACCAAUUUAAAAUUCGUUUCUUACUUAUGGAUGAAACAUAAUUUUCAACCUUCCGGUGAGUUCUUGGAGGUUUGUUCCAUAUAUAAACAUGUUGGUAUGUUGAAAGAGUUUGGAAAUAUUGACUUAUUUAGAAAUUGGUAUGUACCGGAAGGAAGAUAUUUUUUCUCUUAUAACUUGAUAAAAUUUUUUAAAAAUUUUUCACAUUUUUGA